GGUGCCGGUGCCGGUGCGCGGCCGGGGGCUGGAGCUGGAGCUGGGGAGCAGCACGCAGACGUCGCACCGGCUGCUGGCCUACAGCGAUGCCCUGCUCUCCAUCAUCGCCACGGUGAUGAUUUUGCCUGUGGCUCACACAAAAAUACAUCCUGAUCAGAAACUAGGUGAAAGUGUUCAGCAACUUCUUCUAGCAAAAAUUGCAGUCUACUUGAUGACCUUCUUAAUAGUCACAGUGGCAUGGGCAGCUCAUGUCAGGUUGUUUCAGGUGAUAGAGCUUAUAGAUGAUGUCCUUGCUCUUCUAAAUCUGGCUUGUAUGAUGAUCAUAACUUUCUUGCCAUACACAUUUUCCUUAAUGGCCUCCUUUCCAGAGGUACCUUUUGGCAUUUUCCUGUUCAGUGUCUGUGCUGUUGUCAUUGGCCUUAUACAGGCUGUGAUAGUAGCGUAUGGAUUCUAUCACCCACACUUACUGAAUCAACAGAUACAGGUGUCUGAAAAUCAGAAUUUCUAUAAACGUCAUAUCUUAAAGAUUAUCCUAAGAGGACCAGUUUUAUGCUUUUUAGCAGCCAUCUUUUCUUUUUUCUUUAUUCCUUUGUCUUAUGUACUUCUUGGGCUCGUAAUCGUUUUUCCGCAUCUCACUCGAUUCAUUACAUGGUGUAAAACCAAGAUUGUUGGUCAGAGAGGUGAAGAGGAGGAACACCAUAGCUUAGAAACCUUCACUUUUUACCUCAGUGAGCCUCUGAGUAAGGAACGGGUAGAAGCAUUCAGUGAUGGAGUCUAUGCUAUUGUAGCAACCCUACUCAUUUUGGAUAUAUGUGAAGACAACGUCCCUGAUCCCAGAGAAGUUGAGGAGAAGUUCCAUGGCAGCCUUCUUGAAGCUUUAAGUGAAUAUGGGCCAAACUACCUUGCCUACUUUGGCUCAUUUGUAACAAUUGGUCUCCUGUGGUUUGUCCAUCACUCACUUUUCCUUUAUGUAACAAAAGCUACACGAUUAAUGGGACUGCUUAAUAUACUUUCAUUGGCGUUCAUUGGUGGGCUUCCGCUAGCUUACCAGCUGACCAGUGAAUUUGCAGAGAAGUCUCACAAUGAAAUAGAAGCCAUUCAGGUCAGCUGUGUUAUCACUUUCUUUGCCAGCAUAUUUCAGUUUGCAAUAUGGACUACAGCCCUCCUCCAUGAAAGGGAAACUUUGCAUCCUUUUGCUAGAUAUGGUGGCAAGGAGCAUGCCUUCAUGUUUGCCAAGCUGGCUCUCUACCCUUGUGUAAGCCUUGGGGCCUUCUUUCUAACAUGCUUGUUAAGUGAAUUUAGCACAGCAAUUUUCCAUCUUAUGCAGAUUGUAAUCCCAUUUGCUUUUCUUGCCCUGCGCAUUUUUGUUAGAAUUUCUUUAACUGUCAUGAAGUCCGUGAUGUCUCUCUCCAGACGGAAGGUUGUAUUGUUAGAAGAAGAGGAGGCAUGUUUGUCUCCUACUGAAACACUGUCCUAAAUUUCUGCUCAGUGCAUGUGAAGUUAUAACAUUAACUUCAGUUCUUCUAACUCACAUUAUCUUCAUGUGUGGAUUAUAUUGAUCUAAACCAAAGCGUGUGUUGGCCGUAACUGGGGCAUAUUUAAGUUUUAGCUGGUCAUGCUUGAGACUCUUUCUCCAAAACCUGUAAUUGAAAAAAUUGGGUAAAUAGGGGAUACAAAGAAAAGCAUGUUCCCUUUCCUUUAGAGUUACCCUUUUGGAAAAAAUGCUGCUUGACAUGUAAGUGCAGUGAUGAUCGAUUAAGAAGUGCACAAACAGAUGCCCAGCAAAAUGCCCUUUUUUCUGACAUAUGGCAGUCAUUAUGGCAGCCAAAUACAGGUAUAGAAGCUGGUUGUGCUACUGCAAGAUAGGGAGUGAGGCUUGGAAGACAUGGAGACCUCUGGAUUUCCGGAUGGUGCAUCAUGGUAGAAUGUUUGUGCAUACAGG